AUGGCAGAGGCAACGCCUGCAUUGAGGAAGCCAGUGUUCACCAAGGUGAAUGAGCUGAGACCAGGAACCAAUGGUCACUCACUGAACGUGAAAGUUGUCAGCACGAAGAUGGUGAUGCAGAGACAAGGAGGAGGUCGUCCCAGCGGUCCUCAGGCUCGUCAGAUGCGGAUUGCAGAAUGUCUAGUCGGAGAUGAGACUGGGAUCAUCAUCUUCACCGCAAGAAACGAUCAAGUGGAUAUGAUGAAAGAAGGGACGGUAGUGACCCUGCGCAAUGCCAAGAUUGACAUGUACAAGGGAUCUAUGAGGCUUGCAGUCGACAGAUGGGGACGUGUUGAAGUGGCGGAGGAGCCCACGGACAUCAGCGUCAAGGAAGAUAACAAUCUUUCGCUCAUUGAGUAUGAGCUUGUGAGCGUCGAAGCCUGA